AUGGCGACGGGGCAAAAGAAGAACAGGAAGAAGAGAGGCCACGUCAGCGCGGGACACGGACGUAUCGGGAAGCACCGCAAGCAUCCAGGAGGUCGCGGUAACGCGGGAGGAAUGCAUCACCACCGUAUCCUCUUCGACAAGUACCAUCCCGGUUACUUCGGUAAAGUGGGUAUGCGUUACUUCCACAAGCUCCGCAACAAGUUCCACUGCCCUAUCGUCAACCUCGACAGGCUCUGGUCGUUGGUUCCCGAGGAGUUGAAGGCGAAGGCAGGGAAGGAUGGUAAGGUGCCGAUGAUCGAUGUGACGCAGCAUGGGUUUUUCAAGGUUUUGGGGAAAGGGCAUUUGCCUGAGGGGAAGCCUUUUGUUGUGAAGGCGAAGCUUAUUUCGAAGACUGCUGAGAAGAAGAUUAAGGAGGCUGGUGGUGCUGUUGUUCUUACUGCUUAG